CGGAGGCGGCGGCCAUCUUGGCGGCGGAGCGAUGAGCGGGUCAAACCCGAAGGCUGCGGCCGCGGGGUCGGCGGCUGGGCCCGGCGGGCUGGUGGCCCCCAAGGAGGAGAAGAAGAAGGCGGGCGGCGGCGUCCUGAACCGCCUCAAGGCGCGGCGGCAGGCGCCCCACCACGCGGCGGAGGACGGCAUCGGGGCGGCCGUCACGGAGCAAGAGCUGCUGGCCCUGGACACCAUCCGGCCCGAGCACGUCCUGCGCCUCAGCCGGGUCACCGAGAAUUAUUUAUGUAAACCCGAAGAUAACAUCUACAGUAUUGAUUUCACUCGCUUCAAAAUCCGAGACUUGGAGACAGGGACAGUGCUCUUUGAGAUUGCCAAACCUUGUGUUUCAGACCAAGAGGAGGAGGACGACGACGAAGGUGGAGAUGUGGAUAUCAGUGCAGGACGUUUUGUCCGCUAUCAAUUCACACCAGCAUUUCUCCGCCUCCGGACAGUCGGGGCCACAGUGGAGUUCACGGUGGGAGACAAACCUGUGUCAAACUUCCGGAUGAUUGAGCGGCACUAUUUCCGGGAACGCUUGCUGAAAAACUUUGACUUCGAUUUUGGCUUCUGCAUCCCCAGCAGUAGGAACACUUGUGAACAUAUCUAUGAGUUUCCCCAGCUUUCUGAGGAUGUCAUUCGUCUGAUGAUUGAAAAUCCCUAUGAGACCCGUUCCGACAGCUUCUACUUUGUUGACAACAAGCUGAUAAUGCACAACAAGGCUGAUUAUGCCUAUAAUGGAGGCCAGUGACUGCUGCAGGCAUGGACGGGGAGCUGCUUUGCUGUGGUCCAAGGCCCUGGCACAUGGAGAUGGUUGAACCUGUUGGUCAACACACAUCUAGAUCCUGGUCCUAGGAAGCCAAGGCUGGCGUGGUAGUUUCCUGUGCUCAAGAGAGGUGCCAAGCAGUGCUGUGUUUUCUUCCCCAGUAUUUUUUCUUCCCUUUUCCCUGCCCUGUAGGUCACAGAGGUACUAGAGUAAAGUGAAGGAUUAGGGUAAGGCUCCUGGAGUCCAGAGGAAAAAGAAAGUUUAUUUUCCUGUAGUCCUAGAUGCCUGCUGGCUGUGCUGAUGAGCCUGGGUCUCUGCAGGCACAGCCAUGUCGGGCUGAGGAGGCUCUGGCCGGUCAGUUUGCAGGUCAGCUGCUUCUCCCUGGCUUCCUGGGCACUGUGAGAAACUGAAAGGUAGGCCUCUUCUAGGCGAUUCCUCCUCUCACAGUGUUGUUCUCAGCAUAGUCUGACCUCAGUUUGUGUGUAGUUCUAAAGCAACUGGAAAGUAAGGGGAUGAUGGAGGGGUGCCAAGGCGGGGAGGCACUGGGGGCCAGUAGGGCUGCAUGUCAUGGAGAGGCCAGCUUCUCUGCCUGACUUCCAGGAUCCUCUGCCAGCCCUCCUGGGGAUACAGCAAGGUUUCAGCCUGGCAGUGCCUUCCUGAUCCCAUUUUGGAGGAAAGAUGAGCUUGCUCUGCUUGUCCUGACUCCUAACUUUUGAGUAUCUCCUGAAAUAGACUAUCAGUUUUUGUGUUCUUGGAACAGUAGGCUCUCUUGAGGCCAUAGCAGGCUUCGUAUUUUGUGGGGUUUUUUUUUUUUUUUUUUUUUUUCCUCUAGUCUUCUUUCAGGGAUGUUUUAUAAGAUGUCAGUCGUGUACCCAGCAUAUGUGAUGGUGGUUAGACUUCUGAUAGUAUUAAACAGGCUCCUGGGGCUAAUCUGGCUCAUGUUGGGGCCGGGUAUAGUUACAAAUCAGCAGCUACUUAAAGGAGGGAUUGGAUUUUCUCUACACAGGAGAGCCUGCAGGAUUGGCUUUUGAUGGGGAUUUGCCUCUAAAACUCUUUGUAGAUUUCUUAUUUAGGAGGAUUUUCCUGUCUGCCUUUCUCUGAAGUAGUUUCUGGAACCAUCCUGGGGGGUCAGACCUGUUAUGCAUAUUCUGAUCCUUCAUAUUGCUAGUUGGAAUGCUUUCAGUUGUUUGGAAAGGAUGAAUGAACUAGGCUGAGGUGGCUCUUGAAAGGUGUUUUCAGAUAACCUUCCCUGCACAUGCUUGGGGGCUACUUUUAUCCUCAGGCUCUCACUGGAUAGUCUGUCACUUCCUCAGCUCUGGCCGGUUGUUUAACUGGCCAUGGCUGACCCUCUGAUAGGACUGUUGCUGUGGCCAGGGUUUAGCACUGAUCAAAAGGGAGCAGGAGGAAGGGCCCGGGUAUGCGGGAAUAGUCACUGUGAAGCAUCAUAGUAACUGAAGGAGAGCAGUCUCCCAAGAUGCUUGGGACAAAGGCCCCACAGGGCCCAGGCUGGAAGGGCCAGCACUCUACCACAGAAGCCCCCUGCACCUUUGCUAAUCAGUAUUGCUCCCUGUUUGGACUCUAGAGUGUGAGCGGCCUUGAACCUUGGCCCAGUGCUCUGUGCCAGGCCAGAGUUUGGGCUCUGCCAGAUGCUGGCAGCUUUCUCACUGGGAAAACUCUUCCUCCUCUGUGCUGGCACGGAUGCAACCACUGAGGGAGGGAAGAGACCAGGCACCCUGCAGAUGAGUUACUCAUCACCAGACCAAGUGAAUCUCAGAACUGGAGUCAACUACAAAUCCAGGUGCCUUAUGUGUGGCUCUGUCCCACAUGCUGAUGGGGAAAGCUGCAUUGCCAUCCUUCCCUCCUCAUCUGUGGACAGACAUCAGCACUGCCUCCUGACCCUCUGUUUCUCCUCGUGGCCCCUCUGGCAUAUUUGUGUGUGCAUAUCAAGCCUCAGAAUCACUGUUUCUCUAUGGGACAGCAGCAUAACUGGGAGAUUUUCAACUAUUUGAUAUUAUUAUCUAGGAUGUGGUUUCUGGAACUGUUGAGUUCUGCUCAAUAGAGUGUGUCUUGGAAUGUGUCCCAGGGCAGCCACAUCUUAUGGACUAGUGGGCUGUCUCUUCUAAUAUGCAGUGUUAGCCUUUGCUAGGUGGGAGGGUAUAGGUGGCAGACAUUUUGGCUUGAAUAGUGCUGUAUCCUCUUCCCCCUUAGCUUGCCUUAGUCUCAUUGGAGACCAUUUGAGGCCAUGUGCUCAGUAUGUGCCCAGGAGGACAGGGCUAUGCUAUCUGCUCCAGAAAGUCUGGUGUUCUGUACCUGGGAGUCUGGAUUCUUGCAUCUCUCUACUCAGGAAAUCUUGAGAAGCAUUAUCACUCCGGGGUGUUAACCAGGGUGUAUUUGGAAUUCAAGCUUUUGUACCUGAACUGGGGAGAGAAUUGGAAGGUCCUGCUUUCUCUGAAAGUAGCUGAAGCAAUCAGAAGUUGAAUCGGGAGGCCGUGUUAUUAAGGAAUCUGGACUGUUGAUAGCAGUUGUCUUGACGGUGCUACAGUGGGAGGGAAAAAAAUGACCUGCGCAGGAGAGCCCGCCUACUGUUCAGAGCCAGCAUCUAAGUGGCAGCUCCUGGAGGGACACGAGCACAUUCCAGCAGACUGGCAGGCCCACCAGUGCCACAGGGCCUGAUGCCUGCGCCUCUUCCUCUCCUGUCCUGCUUCUGUCCUUCUGCCUUGGAAUCUCCAGGAAGAGCAGCUCUCUCUUCCUGUGUAGCCUUUGGGCUAAAGUGCCCUUCUUGCUUAUCCAAAGAAGAUAGAUGCCUGUUGAUUUCGUUCUGUCCAACAGAGCAAACAGAAGAAAUAACCAGUAAAAGUAGUCAUAGGCCACCCUCUCUGUAAGUGUUGGCUCAAAGAUACCUUGCAGAGAAAGCAGUUUGCAGAGGCAUGCAGAACUCCCUGAAGACACCUUCAGCCUUUGGGCCAUCUGAUUCUCAGAUGGGGGCAGUGAUUGAAGGGAAGUUGGGGCUAACCAUGGACUGGCGAUUCUUGAAAUGGCAGUGACCGGGAAUCGUUGACCUGGUUUUUCCAGGUGAAGUGGAUUUCAUUUCUGGAGUGGAUUCACUAGGCUGUGUGUAAUGGGCAAGUUGGGCGAGUCUUGCCUUAGUGUGUGUCCUGCCACCCCCAGUAGGCUCCCAGAGUAUUUUUUUUUUCCCUCUGUCAAGUCACUUUCUUUUGGUGGCUGUUGUCACCAUGAUAGCCGUGAGGUUUGGGGACUGGAGACAGUUUGUCCCCAGAACCACAGCAUAGAGUCCUUGCCAGGACACGAGGAUUUCUGAUACAGAGGUGCUGGUGUACCUAGUGCAAGAGCCUGAUCGUCAAUUCAUUUCCUCACAUUCCACGUUACUGAAUAUCUUCACCACAAGAAGGGUGUGGUGGAGGCGAAUUUACCCCUUGUUUUAAAAAGGAUCAUGUAAAGUCAUUGAAGUUGUGAAAGUCUAUUUUUUCCCCUGUAAAUCUAUUUUUCACAGAAUAUAAGAAACGUCAGUGACCUGAUUUGUUCUUCCAAAGUCCUCUUUCCCUUUCACCUAAGAUCCUCAUUCCAGUUUGUAUUGUCUUUGUGUCCAAAGUAAACUAGGUGACUUAUUUGUAUAAAAUGUUAUUUUGCCACAAGAGACAGUAAUAAAAGAUUUUUCACAGUA